ACCUCUCGGUUGUUUUACCUGUAAUCCUGAAUAUUUGUAGAACGUUGUAAUUUUACUAUUUGGUCUAUUAAAUCAUAAUUGCUGUUUUAUUUCUUCUUCAGAAACUGCCAGGCUAUAUAAUAUUAUUUCCUGGAGUUUGUUGGACGAUGACGGUAAGCGAUCAUGUCCAUUGAAAUUAAACCUGUAGAAAUAUAUGAUUAUGUUUCAAAAGAUCAUUUUCAACAAUUCAUCGCAAAUGAGCGGAGGCCUUUACUCAUUAAAAACAUAGAUAUAGGAGAUUGCAUUAAAAAAUGGACAGUAGAUUACCUGGCUGAGGCUCUAGGUGAAAAUGAAGUUAAAGUUCAUGUAAGCCCAGUGGGCAACAUGAGUUUUAUAAACAAAAACUUCACAUAUAAAACGCUUCGUUUUGAUGAAUUUAUAAGACGAGCAGCUGCUGAAAAAAACACCAAGUGGUUUCUGUGUGAAAACGAACGCUAUUAUCUUCGAUCAACCGGUUCAGAUCGAAGGGGAAAAGAUGUUGCCAAUGUGGAAAAACAAUUUCCGCAAAUAUCGCGUGAUAUAAAGUACCCAGAACUAUUCGACAAAUCAGAUUUCUUCUCCAGCGUUUUUAGAAUUGGGUCUUGUGGCGUUCAGAUCUGGACGCAUUAUGACAUCAUGGACAACAUACUAUUGCAAAUAUCUGGAGAGAAGCGGGUCGUGCUUUUCAGCCCGCAUGACACCCAGCAUAUGUAUCUGAAUGGGGAUAAAUCGGAAGUGCUUGACAUUGACUGUCCGAAUGUGGAAAAGUUUCCGAAUUUUGUAAAAGCGACUCAGUAUGAAUGCAUUAUGAAACCGGGUGAUGUACUGUACAUACCAGCAUUGUGGCACCACAAUACGACUGCAAAAACAUUUGGAAUAGGGGUAAAUGUUUUUUGGAAAAACCUGCCACAUGAGCUCUAUGAUAAAACUGAUGUUUAUGGCAAUAAAGACCUUCUUCCAGCUGCAAAGGCACUAUCUGAUAUAAAUAAAGCUUUAAAGAUUUUCAAAACACUGCCAGCCAUGUAUAAAGAUUUUUAUAUACAGAGGGCAAUUUCAGCUUUGGAAAAGGCAAGAGAAUCAUAAUGAUCAGUACAUGGUUAUGGUAUUGGUAAAUGAAUAUAUGCAAAGUGGCGAUCUUUUCUGCAGAUAUGGAAGAAUUGUGUCAAGAUUACUUACAAAAUAUCACACCUGUGGCUCAAAGGAUGGCAGAAGAUAUAACAAGAAUUAAGAAUGAAAAUAAGACAAUUUGGCCAAAAUUAACUAAUAAGGAAAGGAACGAUCUAAUUAAUAAAUUGCUUAUAGAUACCCAUUUGGAAAGCCAUUAUCAAAACACAUACCAAAAUAGUGCAUUGCAUUAUGAAUCGCUAUCGACAUUUUCAUGGUUUUCAACGAGUCAGUGUAAUCUUUGUAAAUUUAUCGACAAUACACCCAAUCGCAAGGUACUUUGUUCUGAAGUGAUUAAUAGUGUUCAAAAAAAUUCUGUUAGUAAUGAAAAGACAAAAGAACUAACCAAACCAACACAAAAAAUGUCAUCUGAUGAAAAAAAUAAGCAGAACACUUAUGUGCUUAAACCAAAGAAUCCACCUCCACCGCCUCCGUCAAAACCAUCAUUCGAAGAUGAGAACGAUAUGCUUCAAUCAGACAUGCCAAAAACUGGGUUUGAUUUCUUAGACAAUUGGUAAAACCCACUGUACAAUAUGAAUUAAUUGGAACUGGAUUUUUUCAUCCAUUUGAUGGAUCAGUUUAAAAUAUGUAUGCCAAUAUUUAAUUCUUUUAAAGAUAUUUUAAAACAAAGCUUUUAUAUGUUUUAGAUGAAGUGCAUUUGAAAAAACCAAGAAAUCUGUUUUUUUGUUUUGUUUUUUACAUUUUGAGCAUCAUUUGCGCAGCCUCUUUAACAGCCAGAUGGGUCGAAAUCUCAAUAAAACUACAAUAUCAACACAGAUUUCUUUGUAAGUUCAAAUAUCUUAAUCUAUAUUGCAAACUGGGGAAAAUGCAACAUGAAUUUGUAUUUUUUUUUUAAAUCUGGGAUAAGUUCUUUCAUCUAAUGGACUGAGUGUUCUUCUUUUCAGGCCUUUUCCCUGAGGUAAUACAAAAUUGUAAUAUUAAAGGCUGAUAUCAAUUAUACCAAAGCUGUUAAUAUUUAAUGUCAGGAAAAAUAUAGUUUUGUUUAAUAAGUGCUUAAGAGCAAUUGUACAUUUUAAUAGCUAAGCUCAAUAUUUACUUGAAUUAAAAACAUUUGAACCUCAAAAAUUAAAUUAAACGUCUAAUUUUUUAAAAAUUAAACAAUUUUAUUGAAAACCGUUGGUUUUGCACCAGGCUUUUCUCACUACAAUAUUUUCUGUUCUAAUAACAGUUUGUAAUAAAAUUGGGGGACUGAACAUAACAGUUUCCAUUUCCUAUUGUUGCUAUUAACAAUGUGAUAUUAAAGUUUAAUGUUUCUACAAAGGUUAAAAAAUAAAUGUAGAAUUUUGAUGUUAUUUUUAAAAAAUCGUAUAAUUUUUUCUGUAUUAUGUUGUAUACUUGAAAAUAUGAAGAGAAAAGCCUGUUCAAAAAUUUCAUUCUGAGUUGACAUAACAAUAUGUAAUACAAAUCAAAUUUAAUCUGUUGAAUAAUACCAAGGUAGUAACAUAAAUUUAAUAUACUUAAUUUUAUUUAAGUGUGCUUUAAAAAAUGUUCUUAUCUGGGGGGAGAGAGAGAGAGAGAGAGAGAGAGUUGUGAAAAAUAAAAAUGUACGAAAUAAGAAUAGCCUUACAUUAUUUCUUGUUUAUGAGAGAUUUAAUUUUAUAAAUUUCUUAAGAACAUGAUUUUAAGAUAAAACAUAAGCCUAUUGCUUAUAUAAUUAUAUCAAUUGUCAAUAAAUUAUUUAUUUGAUUCUGCAGAAUCUAAUUGUAUACAUGUGAAAUGAAAUGUAACGUAAUUUUUUCGAGGAUAAAAUGUUUGAAAUGUCUAAAAUUUUAGAGUGACCAAGUGUAAUAAUUAAUAACAAUUAAUUUAUUUAAACAUCAAUUAUGUAUCGUGAAACAUAAUGUGCAAAUACAUAAAUAUAUUUUGAAGAAAGAUCAAUCCUUUUCAAUAGUUUGUUAGUAUUGUAUGUAUAUCGUAACAUUUUAAGUAGUUCAAUGUUUUAUAUUGUUUAGUCACUAUUUUCAAUACAUAUCAAUAUAUAUAUAUAAAAAUAAUGUAUUUAUAAUUUUGUUUAAAUCACUGAAUAAUUGCUCUGAUUCAGCAAUAGGACCAAUUAAAACAGUAAAAUUACUGUAUUUUUUUUUCAAAUAAAUUUAUUACUCUCAAUAUAAUAAAUAGCAGUUGUAUAAGAUUUGAUUAGUAAAAGUGAAUUUAUGCAAAUAUAAGGAAUUGUCAAUUUCAUUUUUUUCUUCUUUUGUUGUCGAUGAAGGGUUGGAUGUGAAAAUAUUGAAGUUAUAAAGAAAAGAAAGAGAAAAAUUGUAAACAUCUUAAGAGAUAAAUUUCAUAAGGGUUUGAUAUAUGGACAGAAAUUCAUCAAUAAACACAAAAAUUGGUAA